CUAGCCGUGUGAUAUGGUGGGUAACUCUUUAACAUUCUCGAACGUACGUUUACGGUUUCGAGUCGCUCCAUUACCACCUUAAGCAAACUUCAGAGCACAAAAACUCCUCUCAAAAUGACUGAAAACUGCAUCUGAGAAAAACCUUAUCAUUUUCCUUCCCGAGCCAAUUCUAACCUAAUCUAUUCACCGUUUCAUUCGAGCUCUUUCAUCACUGUAGCCAUCCAUCAGCCGCUAAUAACCCUUAACUACCGACAAACAUGUCAAAACUUAACCGUGACUUUCCGUCCGAUGUAAUCACCGACAUCCUGUGCCAACUUCCAGUCAAGACUCUCCUACGGUUUCGGUGCGUAUCAAAACGUUGGCGCUCCCAAAUUGACAGUCCGGAUUUCGUCCAGCUCCACCUCGGUCGCUCGCUCGCCACCAAGUCCAAUCUCAGCCUUAUCCUCAAGAAAUGGUACCUCUACUCCGCCGAUUUUGAUUCGCUUCACACCGCCAACGAGCUCUAUCCCCCGCUGAAUGUUAUCUGGGGUUUAACAGAAGUUUUCGGCUCUUGUAAUGGCUUGUUGGCUCUUUGUAAUUCUGAGGAAGAUAUGGCUUUGUGGAAUCCGUCCACUAGAAAGUAUCAGAGAUUGCCGGUAAUGCUGGUCGAGCCUCCUUCAGGUGAUGUUAGACCUCGUCGUUUUACGUUUUAUGGAUUUGGGCGUGACCCCAUUAGCGACGAUUACAAGGUGGUGAGGAUGGUGCAGUUUGUUUCCCAAGACGGUGAUGAUGGGUUUUUCUCCUCUGAGCUUAAGGUUUAUAGCUUAAAGACUAACUCAUGGAGAGGGAUCAAGGAUUUCCCUUAUUAUCUUCGUUUUAUGUUUCAGCUUGGCUAUCUUCUUUUUUAUAGGAGAGGAUACGGCGUGCUUGCUGGUGGUGCUUUGCAUUGGGUCUUGCCUCGAGGGUUUGGAUGGGACUGUCAGAUUGUUGCUUUUGAUCUUGGGGUUGAGGAGUUUCGGAUUGUACCGCAGCCUGAUAAUGUAGAUCAAGGUUUCGAAAUGGAUCUUGCGGUCGUGGAAGGGUGCCUGUGCUUGCUUUGCAAUUACGAAAACGACUAUGUUGAUGUAUGGGUGAUGAAGGAGUAUGGGUUGAAGGAGUCUUGGACUAAAUUAUUUACUGUUUCCCAGUCCACUUUGAAUAGGGCUUUUGGACAUGUGAUGCCUUUAGCUUAUUCUAAGAGCCGCGAGAAGGUUCUUUUGGAGGUGGACAGGGACAAGCUCUUUUGGUAUGAUUUUAGAAGGAGGCGAGCCAAGAGAGUGAGGAUUGAGGGAGCUCCAAAUUCAUUCAGUUCGGAUAUUUAUGUGGGAAGCCUUGUUCCCUUAGGUGUUGGUGGAGUGGACCGAGAGGCACUGAAAUUACCACAAGAGGAAAGGAAGAAAAGCAAUUCAAAGCACAUGGAUAAAUUUCUGUCGAAAGGCUUUAAACUGACUUUAUAAGCAAAUAUAGCUGGGAUAUGAGGUAGAAGCAAAAUGAAAAAUGAUACGGUAACAGACUUUACAAUUGAAAUAUGAGAGAAUCUAAGCAACAAGUAUUAGUAGAAUGGCCCAUUUUUUAAUGUGUUUUUUGCUUUUCAAUUAUGUAGCUUUGGUUUUAUCUGGGCCAUAUCAUGCGGGUAUAUCUUUCAUGCCCAGAAUGUGUUAAGGGAGUUUACAUGAAUAGGAUGUUCCCAAGUUUCUGUGUCUUUCUGACGGUUGUAGGCGCUUUAACGAAUGAUUGAAUUAA